UCUGUACCUCUGAUAGCAUGGACUGGCUUAAUGUUUAGCCUAGGGUCUAAACACACACACACACACAUACAUAGACACAAAGAGGCAGACCGGGAAGCAGUAUAAAAGGCAACGUAACCACAGAGACAUACACGGCUCAGGGAUGGAAUCAGGCACACGACACAUAAGGAGGGUACUAGGCGGUAAAACUUUGGAGGCUGGUGAUGACGAGGAGGCCCCACCAGAGCCACCAGAGCGGGUGACCCAUCGUCCCCUGUCCCCUCUGGCCCGCCUCUAUGUCUACGCCCUGCACGGCUGCCUGUGUGAGGUGGGCUUCACCGCUGUAUGGGACUGGUGGGAGACCAAGGACAGGAGGCUGGCAGGACACACCAGCCUUUGGGCCCUCCCCAUGUAUGCCUUGGCCAUCUUCCUCAUAGAGGGCCUGCGUGGCAGGCUGUUGGCCCAGGGCUGCCCCCUGCUGCUACGCAUGCUGGUCUACACCCUGUUCAUCUACCUGUGGGAGUUUAGCUGGGGCGUGGUGCUGAGGUUUUUAGGAGCCUGUCCAUGGGACUACUCUGGGUUUAGCUAUAACCUGGCAGGGCUGGUGACUCUUGAGUACGCCCUGCCCUGGGCCCUGGCCUCACUAAUAGCAGAGCAGCAUGUCAUCAGAAAAACUCUGAGAGUACGACUGGCUAACUGAUGACUCUCUGUAGAGGAUUACCAAGUCAUACAGUCUCACCUACAUCCUAUUAUAUACACAGCAUACUUAAGCAAUAAGUCCCGAGGGGGUGUGGUAUAUGGCCGUUCUUAAGCAUGCCGCAACGUGGAGUGCCUGGAAACAGCCCUUAUCAUUAACCCCCGAGGUGACUUAUUGCUAUUAUAAACUGGUUAACAAUGUAAUUAGAGCAUUCAAAAUAAAUGUUUUGUCAUAGCCGUGGUACACAGUCUGAAAUACCACAGCUGUCAGCCAAUCAGCAUUCAGGACCUGAACCACCCAAUUUAUAAAUGGAAACACACCAUGUAAUUGACAGUGUCCUCACAAACCCUUAAGUUCAUCGUUUUCAGUGAGCCUGGUAAUAAACUGUCAACAUGGUAAUACCGGCAAGCAUUUUUACAGAGAGAGCACUAGUCGGUUGCCAUGGCAGCGAAUAACAAGUGCACUAUCAAGCAUCAAAUGAGGCAAGCUGGAACAUGACAGAAUGUAUCAGUCAUCUGCUCUGUGGGCAGUACACUGUGCUGGGAAGAGAAUCUACUGUAGGACCACUGUCACAAACCCACACACCACAUUCAGUUGAACAACCUAAGUACUGUUCAAACAUCCUAAAGGAUCAAAGGCUUCAUAUUAAAAAAAGGUUUUAAUUAGUAGGCCCAUCAAAUAUCUCGACUAACGUUCAGUGAAUUACUGAUUUCUAUUUUGUUCUGCUAUCUUACAUGCAUCAGGUUAGGACUACAGACAAAUAAGAGUUUUUCUGAACUUUGGGUUUAACUUGGUUAAAUGGAUGUUGUUAAAAUGAAUCUAAUGCAGCAUUGCGUCAAUGGAAGAUAAAAGUUAUGCUUCAGUGUGUGGUUUACAUGAAGGGAAGUAUUACAGGAAGUACGUGUGAACUUCCUCAUUCAACCAUCCUGACUGCUGGGAAGUGCUAACGAAACCAUUUGGUGUGUUAACAAAUAAAAGAUCACAUACCAUAUUUGUAUUUAUUCAUGAACACUUGUACAAAUUGUACAAAUGUACAAUUCAGUUUGAAUACAUUUCAACACUGAUUCAGGUGGUCAUGAAAUGGUUUCAUUCCGAAAGCAUUAAAAUAUAUUGUUGUUGCUAUG